AUGGCGAUAGAGGAUCUUUCGCAUAUAUCCCUUAGACAGGACACGGUGACUGAGCUAAUCAAGCUCAUCGAUACCUAUCCCGUUAUCCUCAUUAGAGGAACUCCUGCCAGCGGAAAAACCACGUUGGCACGGUUGCUCCAAGAUCGUUUGCACAAUCAAGGACGUAUUGUCCCAUUCUUCUACACUUGGAAACAAGACCUUAUUACAUUCGACACAGAGCCAUGGGUGGCACUUGCUAAGGCGCUCAAACAACGUCUUCCACGCGGUCAGGUCCCAAACCUCAUGAACGAUGAGAUUGUUGUGAUUGUGGAUGAGGCCCAAGGGUCAUACGAUGAUGAUUACCUGUGGAACCAUAUAAUAAAAUUAUUGAUAGACAAGCCUUGCAGAUAUAAACUACGCAUUUGUCUCUUCUGCUAUUUUGGAUGUCCAUCAACGGGUGUGGAACCACCUCAGGGUCUCGGAUAUUGUCCAGCCACUAUACCCGAAAGACAAUGCAUAACACUCACACCCCAAUCGUGUAGUGAAUCACCGAAAAUUGGCCUUUACUAUACCGAGUCAGAGUUUGAUGACGUUCUUUGCCGAAUUCUCCGAUACGAUUUCCCCAACUGGGUAGUUACCAUCGAUGAAAAAGCUAAGAAAUACCUGUUCUCACUUACGAAUGGGCACCCCGGAGGCGUAACGGCGAUGAUACGGUUCGUUUGUGAGACCUACUGCGCCGACAUGAAACAUGACAGGAUGUUUGUGAUAUCCCAGCAGCAUGUUCUCAACAUCCUCGACGGUGAUGAGGAAUCUGCCUUUGCCUUUGUGGCGAAAUGCGGCGUCUCUCGCUCUUUCCCUAAACUAAUAGACCUCAAAGGUCCAGUUCACGAAAUACUGUGCGAGAUUACAGAGAAGGGGAAUAUCAAUUGGGAACAGAGACCAGGGUUGGAGAAAUGCUAUGAAAGAGGCUGGAUCCACAGGAUGCUUACGGGUCCAGAAGGGAACUCAGACCAAUAUGAAAUUGCUGUUCUGCCAUACCGCCUGCAUGAGAAAUGGCUUCAGUACCUCAUUAGCCAGGACAAAAGAGCCUUGCCGCCGCGUUUCACCAACUUGACUCAAUUGUGUAUGGAAAUCCUACACGAGUUUUCAAGUAUGAACCUGAAGCCUCCGACUACCGACAGGAAACUGUCAACCGCAGCACAACCCAGACCCGUUGGAACGCAGUACCAAGAUGAGUUCUACAGGGCGUUUUGUAAAGUAGCUGGCCGAGGGGUGCCAAUUUCCACGGAAUGGGCUAGGACAGAGAAGAAGUGGGCAGUGGAACUGGUGAGACAUGAUGAUAGAAUUGACGAUCAUGUGAAGCGGUUUCAGGGGGGAGGGCAGUACUUUGACUGGCUGCAGAAGAAAGCCGUUGAAGAUUGGAUUGUCAUCAAUUGCGCUACCAGUGUACCAAUCUCAGAUCAUGAAGAAUGUCGACUUCUCCACGCUGUCUUUUUGAAUGACUUCACGGAGUUACAGAUUCUCAAUCACAAAAGGACAAGCCUUGAGCGAUCUUGUUGUCUAAUGAAGUGA